AUGACCCAAGAAGAAGUUAGAAUGUCCUUACCAGAGGGUUAUUCAUUUCGAAAAUUGAAAUCAACUGAUUAUUCCAACAACUAUAUUGAAACAUUAAAAGUGCUAACAACGGUAGGAGAUAUAAGUCAAAAACAAUUUGACAAUUUAUUUACCACUUGGGCCAAAAACCCAGAAAUUUAUCAACCACAUGUCAUUGUAAACUCUUCGGGAACAAUUGUUGCAACUGGAAUGCUAUUUAUAGAAUCAAAGCUUAUACAUGAGUGUGGUAAAGUUGGUCAUAUUGAAGAUAUAUCAGUAGCUGCUAGUGAACAAGGUAAGAAGUUAGGUAAUUAUCUUGUUAGAUCCUUGAGUUUACUUGCUCAAAACAGUGGAUGUUACAAGGUGAUAUUGGAUUGUUCGCCUCAUAAUGUUGGAUUUUAUGAAAAAUGUGGGUACAAGAAUGAUGGAAUAGAAAUGGUACAACGAUUUUAG